UAUCCAACAUGGCGGCGCCCAGUUAGCACAUGGCUGGUAGAGAGGCUAGAAGGUUAGUGCUGGGUUAGCACGUUAGUACAGGGCACCAGCCUUUUGUUGUGUACUGGUCGUUGUUUCUUUGCAAGUAGUAUUUGUAGAUGUUCCAACUGUGUGCUAUAAAGUGAGCCGCGGGCGUAGACGCACACGGUCAUGGCUGGCGAACAGUUGGUCUGCGGUGUGUGCAGUAGCGGCGAGCCCCGCUACCGCUGUCCGCGCUGCUUGACGCGGUACUGCUCGUGCGACUGCUACCGGAACCACAAGCAAGAGGAGGGCCGUUGCCGGGAACCGGACGCGCCUGCACCGGCGGAGACCGGCGAAGAGCCCGCGUACCGCUACCCGACGCCGGACACGGUACCACCGGAGAGGCUGUGCCGCUUGCGCGAUUCGGAGGCCGUUCUCGAAACUCUGCGCAACAGAAACCUGCGGGUGCUGCUGCGCGAUCUGGACCGGAGCAGGGACCCCACACGCAUGCUGGACUCGUUGAUGCGAGAGCCCAUCUUUCUGGAAUUUGCAAACGCUUGCCUGGACGCCGUUGUCGUCGAGGAAAACUAACACGUGUGUGCCGGCACCGCUGCGCGAAGCACAGCAUUCAGGCAGCGUUAUGGCUGCGUGAACAUGUGUGCUAGACUGCGGCAAGUUUUGUGAACGACGUUUGUCGGGAGAUCUAUACUUUGCUUGUGCUGUCCGCAAACAGAUGUGUGGUGGGCUAGUGGAACUCGAGUGGAUCACUGGUGUGCCUGCGCUGUGAAAUGGAAGAACAUAAAAGAACAAACAGCGCGCUGUGCGGGACGUUAUGUAGACGUCUGCACUUAGCUGAACACGGGAGAACCUGGGGUCUUGAGUCCUCCUAAGGUGAUGCAAUGCUGCGCAUUCCGCUGGCCAUGCCGUUGUCCGGCACUGCACUGGGAAUGAUUUCGUAGAGCAGCAGUUAACAUUCUGCUGCAGUAGUUGCACGUUUUAAAAUUUGCUAGGAUACCUGGACCGGUUAUGCAGAGUUGAAGUAGCAGGGAAUUCAAAGUCAAUUUGCUUGUGGAGCAACCAGGUGCAGCUAGCGAAGAUUAAAGUGACUAAACUUAUUAUCACACUUUGUGACAGGUUUUCAGGCCUGGCAAUGCUAAAUAGUCUUAAACAAACAAACAAAAAUGUGUCUUGCCAUCUGUCGGUCUUUCUUUCUCUGCUGCUUACACGAGUUGCAAUGCUCUAAAACAUUUAGUAUUGUGGUACAACAUGGAGUUGAAGACUGUUACCCAACUUUAGUGUCAUUACUGUCGUCACGCUUCGCUGUCUGCAAUGCCAUUUCUAUCUUGUCAAACAUGAUUUUCAGCCUGGGUCAGCCAGUGCAACACCUUUGCAAUUGGCCACUGUCAUACUGUCAUCGUUGUGACAUGGUGUUAUUGUCAUGCCAGUGUCAUCGUUCAAUCGGUGUCAUGAUGCUGUCAUCGUCGGCAUCCCUUGUCUUGUUGUGGUCGCACACGUUUGCGUCACACAGGCAAUCACUAUCCUUACACGGGCAAAUUGUGCCAUCUAGUAACACUUUGUGCAAUCCCGAAAAAGGUUAGAUAGCUAGUUAUCUACAAAAUGCUUCGCCUAACAUACUGGUGGAUCCACAGUGAGCCCCACUCUCUUUCCUUCACACUGAGACAAGCCGGCACCUUAGUGCCGACAAUACUGAGCAUGCGGUACAUAGUUGCAGUAGCGGGAAUACAAGGACUCUUGAAUAAUUACCAAUUCAACUUGUUUACUUGCAUAAAAAAACAAUCCAGUGGUAAAGAACGCUUGCCAGCUGAUGAGUUAUAAGACCAAUGGCUUUUAGAAAAGAACUGUACUGAACAAAUGCAUGAAGUUAAAGUGGCCCUGAAACACUUGGAACAUAGCAAACAAAAAAGCUUGCCAGGCUCCUGUGAACAUGCGAGCCAAAUAUUAUUGCACUGCAUGCAGCAGGGAAUUUACAAUCUCGUGUCAAAAGCAGUAAACAGUUGCUUGCUCUCGCGUCCGCAAUGUCGUCAUCGAAAGCAGUUGGCCCACAAACGCUAUUAGGCUGAUUUCGUGAUCGCGGGAACAUUCUCAGUAGUACAUAAUUGCCAAUUUUGAGCGAAAUAAAUGAAAAAUGUGUAUGUAUGCGAUCUC